AUGUCUUUUGACGAGAAAACGGCUGCUGUCGAUCAGCAUCACAAAGAGACAUUUGUGGCUUCGGACAAGGCAUCUGAGAUCAACGACACUCAUUCAGAUCAUGGUCCAGACAGCAGUUCUGCAAGCGAGAUCAAGCCCCUCACAUCAGAGCAAGCUGGUGAUGCUGCAUUGGCAAAUUCACCAUGGCAAUACAAACUUAUUGCGCUGGUGACAGCUCUCUUGUUUCCUCUGGGUGCUCAUUUUUCACAAAGCGCACUUAGUGCGAUGAAAAGCCCUAUUAAAACGAAUCUAGGCAUCAAUAAUACCCAAUAUGGUGUUAUUUCAUCCUCUGUCUCCAUCAUCAAUACCGUGUUUCCCAUCCUCGGCGGUAUCUUAGUGGAUGUAUUUGGCUCCGUCUGGGGCACGCUUGCCAUCAACAUAGUGGUUAUUAUUGGAAGUUUGCUUACUGCAAUUGCUGCCAAGUACAAUUCCUUUGGUUUGAUGGUCGCUGGCCGUGUCAUAUUUGGUAUUGGAUCUGGCCUCAUUGUGACAAUGCAAGAAUCCAUCUUGUCGAAAUGGUUUAGAACGCAACAUCUCGCUAUUGCCAUAGGUUUGCAAUUGUCCAUCAGUCGCUUGGCUACUUUCUUGGGUACGUUGGUAGCGAAUCCCAUUGCAGAAAGAACAGGUGAUUGGGUGUGGGCAUUCUGGUUAUCGUUCAUCAUUUGUGUCUUCUCCAUCCUGAUGAAUCUUGUGUAUGCUCUGGUGGUGAGACAUUUGCGUCGAAAGGCCAUCAAGGAAAACAAGGAGGCUCUCGCUGCCAGUGGAUUGGCUCUAUCCAAGCAAGAGAUUCAGAAUGUCAAGCGUCGCAAGGCCUUCCACUGGAGAAGCGUGCUCAAGUUUCCCAUCUUCUUUUGGCACAUUCUCUUGAUUGAGUUCAUCUUUGCUGCUGUGUGGUCUUCUUUCCAAACCAUCAGCACCGAGUUUGUCAGUCUCCAUUUCGGAAAGGGCAGCAACAUAUUGGCUGGCUAUACUGCAAGUGCAUCUCAAUCAGUCCCGAUUGUUGCUACACCCAUCCUUGGCAUCAUUAUGGACAUGUUUGGUCUUCGUAUCUCCAUCUUGAUGAUUUCCGCCAUCUUUUUGAUUCUCAGUUGCUGCUUACUGGCAUGGACCUAUGUCAAUGCCACUGUGGGCAUGGUGUUCUAUAGUAUUUCACUGGCCUUUGGUCCUAUUGGUAUGAUCACUUCGAUUGGUAUGAUCUUGCCGUCAGAUUACAUUGGCACCGGUCUUGGUAUGUACAAGAGUUCGAAUAAUAUUGGUACCACCAUCUUGGAUAUUAUCGUCGGCGUCGUACAAGAUCACACUGCAAACCAAGCUUACACAGGCGUUAUGAUCCUCUUUUUGGCCUUGUCAUGUAUUGGCUUAUUCCUCAUUGCUGGUCUAUGGCUAUCUCAGUACUUUUUCCUCGGUAAUCUGCUGGAAAUGAGUCGCACCAAGCGUCUUGUGGCGAUGAAGGAGAGAAACGAUAAAGAAAUUGAGUUGAACAGACAAGGAUUAGAUUCUUACUCUGAUACCCCACGCAAGAAGCUCAACUAUGUCUAUCUGGGCAUCUUUAUCGCCUGUUUGAUUGUAGCUUGGGUUUUGUUCUUUGUCUAUGCUGCCAACGGCCAAAUAUCUGCAUAA